AUGGCGAGUUACCAUCAUACGUUUGCAAGGGAGGAUUUUAAGUGCGAUCCUUACCGCGAGUUAAAUGAUGAAGUAAAGAGUUUAUUCGAAAAAUAUUUCAAUGCUAACUUGACAUACGUCUGUGCUAUCACGAAGAUUGCACAUGCUCUUUCUAAAGUAUGGGUUGGAAAAACUAGAAUUUGGAAUAUCUACGAAGUUUACAUAAUACAAGUUUCUGAACAAGUUUUCACUAUGAAGAGCUUGGCAUAUGAGAUCGCUGCACUUGCUGUGUCAAAAAGAUGCUGA